AUGCUUUCAUUUAAAGGGUUUAGAAUUCUUCUUAGUAUUCCAAUCAAAUUAUUAUUAGUAUUAUUGAAAUAUCCAUUUUUUGGAGGAAUAAAUGAAAAAUUCAAAAAUGAUUUAAUUAAUUCACUUAAACUUAUUAUAUAUAGAACAGCAUUAUAUAUGCCAGUUAGAGAAAGUGCUGUGUUAUCAAUUAUGUCAAAUAGAUUUAUUCUUAAUAAUUUGAUAAGAAAAUUAUAUCCUAAAUUAACGAAUUUACCUAAUUAUGGUAAAAAAUAUGAUAAUCAAAGUUAUUGGAUUGUUAAACCAUUUGAAAGAUCAAAUAAUGAUCCAAUUUUAAUUUUUUUACAUGGUGGUGGAUAUUUUUUUGAAACUAUGCCUUCUCAAAUUGAAUCAAUAAUUAGUAUUUAUCAUUUAUUAGAUAAAUCAAAAAGAGAAAAAUUAUCUAUAAUGAUUUUAGAUUAUAAAUUGGCAAGUAGAGGUUACCCCGUUCCUUAUCAAUUAGGUGAGUUAGUUGACACUUAUUCAAAUUUGGUUAAAGAAGGUAAUAAUAAUUUUAUAUUUAUGGGUGAUUCAGCAGGUGGUAAUUUAGCUAUUAUUUUCUUACAAUAUUUGAAAUUAAAUAAUGUUGAACAUUUACCAUAUCCAAAAAGUGUUUUAUUGAUUAGUCCAUGGGUUAAAAUUGCUCCAGAAGAACAUCAGGAUACACCUGGUCAUUCAUAUUAUGAUAAUUCACAUCGUGAUAUGUUACAAAUUGAUCAUUUUCGAGAUGUUGAUAAACAAAUUCAUAUAUUAGCCGAUACUAAACAUGUUUCAUUGACUGUUUCUCCAGGAAAUUGUGAUUAUAAACAUACUGAUUGGGAAGAUAUUCCAACUUUGAAUGAUUCAGGAUAUUCAGUAUUUGUUAUUCUUGGUGAACACGAAUGUUUCCGUGACGAUGUACUUACAUGGUGUAAAUAUGCACUUAAAUCUCCAUUAACUCCUCAAAAGAAAGAUUCAAAUGGUAUUUGGGAUCCAAAGGUUCAUCAAUACAUUAAAGAUCAAUUCAAUUCAGCAUAUAUUGAAGUCGAUGUUGAACCUCAUGGUGUCCAUGAUUCUGUUUUAUAUUUUGAGAAUAACAUCAUUUCUAAAGUAAAGAAGCAUCCUUAUACCUCAAUUAGCACCAUUGAUCCACAUAAAUAUUUUGGGAUUGUCAAAGUGGUGACAUUUUUAAACAGAAUAUUGCCUUCUGAAAAAGUCGAAGAUCUUGUGUGA